GACGCUCACCGUCCUAUCUCAUCACUUCCGCAUCUGCCUGUGACUUCAAACACGUUAAGUUUAGCCACGUUUCCCCCAGUUUAAUUCGUGUGACAGUUAAUGUAACACCGAGUCUUUUUGUCUUGCAGUAUGUGACGUGUUACAUGUCGGUUCUUCUGAUAGCCGGUUAUCGUCACUCAGAAGAGGCAAGCUAGCCUCUCGCAGCUAGCUAACAGCUGCUUAGCUUUCAGGAGGGCAACGUCGCUGUGAAGCAGCCAACCAGGCACAGAGGUGAGGGGGAGGCAGCUCAGUGUCUGUCAGCUUCUAUGACCUACGACUGUCUGCUCUGAUCAGAGGAUGUAUCCGCCUUCCAGAAAGGACUUCAUCUCUGUGACUCUCAGUGAUUCACACAGUCAUACAUACAACAACGGCAAGCACCGGAGACAGUCCUGCUGGAGGAAAUGGAAGCAGCUGUCUCGGCUCCAGAGAAGCUUCAUCCUGUUCCUGCUGGCUGUGGUGCUCCUAUUUGGACUGCUUUCUUAUCCCAGCAUCACAGAGCGGUGGAGAGGGCUGGCUGAUGGGGAGGACUGGCUGGAGAUGAAUGACAGAGACUUAAAGGCCAGUCUCUCAGGCGGGAAGCCUGUAUUGGGUCCAGCUGGAGGCAAAGCUGUGGCACCUGUGGCAGGGCCAAAUGUGGGGCCUGCUGUGGGACCAGAAGCUAUAGUGGAGCCCAGAGAUCCAAACAUCCCUGCUUUGGCUAAACCUCUUAUUAAGAAAAAGAGCAUUCCAAACAAGAGAGGUCCACCGAGCCUCCAGAAAGAUGGGAAUGUUUCAGACACAGUCGGUGGGGAAAAACAGGAGCAAGAGGUGGUUCGAGAUGAAGAAGGAGAGAAUGAGGACAAAGAGAAGAAGAUUGUCAGCUGGAGAGGAGCAAUGAUCGAAGCCGACCAGGCCACAGAGCCUCCGCCCUCAGCCGAUGAGAAAGAAGCUGCAGCACCCGCAGGACCAGCUAAUCCUGCUGACACUGUCCCACUGGAAGUUUCGACAGGAUCUGUGGACAGAUUGGAGGUGGUGCGUGAUGCCUUCAGACAUGCGUGGAAAGGCUAUAAGGCCUAUGCCUGGGGUCAUGAUGAGCUCAAGCCCAUCUCCAAGUCUUUUGGCGAGUGGUUUGGACUGGGUUUGACACUCAUUGAUUCUCUGGACACUAUGUGGAUUAUGGGCCUAAAAGAAGAGUUUGUAGAAGCCAGGAACUGGGUCGAGAAGGAGCUUUCCUUCAACAAGAAUGUGGAUGUGAAUCUUUUUGAGACGACCAUCCGCAUCCUUGGGGGUCUCCUGAGUGCUUACCACCUAACAGGAGACCAGCUCUUCCUAGAGAAAGCAAAAGAUCUUGGGUCCAGGUUACUGCCUGCCUUCAAAACUCCCUCAAAGAUCCCGUUUUCAGAUGUCAACAUUGGGAAGGGAACAGCCCACCCCCCUCGAUGGACAUCAGACAGCACACUGGCAGAGGUCACGAGUAUUCAGCUGGAAUUCAGAGAGCUGAGCCACCUGACCCAGGAACCACAGUACCAGGAGGUUGUGGAUGAGGUAAUGAAGCUGGUCCACAAGCUGCCAGGCAAACAGGAUGGCCUGGUGCCCAUGUUCAUCAACACCAACAGUGGACAGUUCACCCACAAAGGAGUCUUCACACUCGGUGCCAGGGCAGAUAGCUAUUACGAAUACCUGCUGAAGCAGUGGAUCCAGGGAGGCAAGACAGAAGACAGCCUGCUGGAGGACUACCUUCAGGCCAUAGAGGGAGUGAAAAAGCACCUUGUGAGAAAGACGGGGCCCAGCAGAUUGACCUUUAUUGGAGAGUUGUCCCACAACCGCUUCAACCCCAAGAUGGAUCACCUGGUGUGCUUCCUACCAGGAACCUUGGCACUGGGGGCCCACAGUGGUCUCCCGGGGGACCACAUGGAUCUGGCAGUGCAGCUGAUGGAGACCUGUCACCAGAUGUACAAACAGAUGGAGACUGGCCUCAGCCCAGAGAUCUCACACUUCAGCCUGCAGGCCAGCGAUGGGCUUGACGUUGUUGUCAAGCCUGCGGAUAGACACAACCUGCUGAGACCAGAGACAGUGGAGAGUCUGUUCUACAUGUACAGAUUCACUAAGGACACCAAGUACAGAGACUGGGGCUGGGAAAUCCUACAGAGCUUCAAUAAGUACACUAAGGUCCCCGGCGGUGGCUACACGUCCAUUAACAAUGUCCGUGACCCUGUUAACCCGGGGCCCCGGGACAAGAUGGAGAGUUUCUUCCUGGGUGAGACUCUGAAGUAUUUGUAUCUUCUCUUCUCUGAUGACAUGGAGAUGCUCAGUCUAGAGAAGUAUGUCUUCAACACAGAGGCCCAUCCUCUCCCAAUAUGGCCCUCUCCACCCAAGUGAUGUGACAUACGUCUGGAGAGAUCUGGUCUACAGAAUCCUCUUAGAGUCAAAGAUUAUUAUUGUCGCUCAGCCAGGUGCGUCUCUAAGCAGCCAUCCAGACUGCAAUGCUGUGCUGAGCAGUGAAGCAGAUUUCUGCCAUCCACGUCUGCUUUGUUUCCACAUGGAGGAGUUUAUUUAGGUUUUUUUUUUUCUUUAUUUUUCCUUAGACCUGUCUAAGGUGUACCCUGCCUCUCGUCCAGUGUAAGCUGGGAUUGGCUCCAGUCCCCCUGUGACCCCUUCAGUAUAAGUGUAUAAACAAUGGAUGGAUUUUUUCCUUAGGAAAAUGUUUGUGGUAGAGCUGGUCUCUAAUGCAACAAACUUUUUAAAAUCAGUUCUGCCAGGAAACAGAAGAGAAUAAAGUGGCAGUGACUGACCAGGACUGUUCUUAUGUGGUAACAACAAUCACGUUGCCACCCUGAGUUUGUUUGUUAUAUGAAGUGAAAAUCCUCAUGAGUCCCACAUGAUCAGGUGUCAUGUCCAUGAAGGAGUCGACACAUUUGUUCUGUUUGAAGGAACGGUAACCAGUGAUGGAAACUAUGGAGCAUGCUCAGCUAGAUUUAACCAGGUUGCUCUAGCAGAGGAAUUCCUUUAUUUGCUUUUACUUUGCUUUUACUACUACAGCGGGCAGUUACAGUGCAGCAUCCAGGGACCAGUUUCACUUCUGAGGCCAGUGUGUUGCUGGAAAACAAAGACACAGUUCCUAAUAGCUAACUUGUAUGUCUUUAAUUAAAGACUUGAAGAGAAAUGUUAGGUGUGUGGCUCGCGAGCUGGUCAAAAGCAUUACGGCUUCCAUCGCUUCAUCCAGGCGUUGUUCUCUGAUUCUCAUUGAAGCUUUUUCCUGGCCAGAAUUUGGUGGUGUCAGAACUGUGAAGCCUCAGAAAGCAUUGCACUUGAUUUUAACACUAGUUAUUGGGCGUCACUUUUGCACAUGUAGCAAUGAGUCUUUAGACGGUGAAAGAUAAGACGUUGCGUAUGAUAAAGCUUACUUCAAAUCUGGUUGUCGAAUGCGUGACAUUUUGUGGCCUUUCUAUUUAUAUGGCCCAAAGGUUUUAAAGUGAAAUGUUUAUAGAGGACUAAUGAAUCAAGGCCAUACAGUACACCAUGACACAAUGAAUGGGUACAUUUUUGAGGGUUUUUCAGAGAAGAACUUGCCCUUAAGUGUGUUUCCGUGCACUGUAGUACUGUACUGUUUGUCUCAUCUGAGUUUUAUAUUAAAUAAAGUGGAAUUAAUUGCCUUAAAUUUGCAGUUGCUGUAAAGUCAGAUGAAAACAAACCAGCUCAGUACAUAUCCAUGUGGCUGCUCAUUCUUCCUCAUUUAACAGGAGACUU